AUGCAUGAUAGAUCUAACUUGCAAUAUCACACCAAAGGGCUGUGGAGGAGCAACUAUGGGUAUUCAACACAAAGUUGUGCACAUCGAGCAGUUGGCCGUUCAACAGGAACUUCAACCCUUAACAAAUCCUCAAUCGGUGAAAAUGAACUCAUCGAUUUGUCGGACGUAUCAUCUGAGCAGGUAUCUCAUCUUCCUUCAAAAUAA